UAGUUGAGCAUUCAGCAGCGUCACUAGUUACUUCUGGCUCCUCUUUCGUUGACUUGUCUUUGACAUGUCCAUAGUGGACCCGUUACCGUCUCGUCUCCCUGUCUGUCUGCAGAGGAAGGUCCACCACUCGGCUGUUGUGGAACCACUGGCUCUGUGAUGGGUCUCCAAAAUUAUCUGAAAACCACACUGAAGAACAAAUAUCAGAAACUGGAUGAAGCAUACUCUGAAAACUCAUUGCUUCCUCCAAGACUUUGCCAUCGGCCUCUCUCAUCUAAUUUGCACCAGCAUGAGUUAAGAUAUGUUGACAACUCUGACCUCCAUACUUGGCUUCUUUUUGAAACCGUGCCGCUCGCAGAUAUUUUAUCGUGCGACUGCAAACACAAGAGCAGCAAAAGAACAGUCAUCACUUUAGGAGUGUGUGGAGUUGGAAAAACCACAACGGUGCAGAGUUGUGCUCUCGAGUGGGCCAAAGGGAAAGGGUACCACAACAUCCAGCUUCUGUUUCCUCUCACGUUCUGGGAGUUAAAUUUGAUAAAACGCAAAUUGAGCCUAAUUGAACUUCUCCAGAUGUUUUACCCUGAAUUGAAGGAGCUUGACAUUUCCAGCCUGAAUGAAAACAACGUGUGGUUUGUCCUCGACGGACUGGAUGAGUACCAUCUCUCACUGAACUUCAGCUGUCCAACUGUGAGUGAUGUUACUGAGGUUUCCACUGUGGAUACUCUAGUGACCAAUCUGAUCAGGGGGACUUUACUUCCCAAUGCUCAUAUAUGGAUAACGACCCGAUUUUCAGCGGCAACACAAAUCCCUGAUUGCUAUUUGCUUAAAGAGACUGAGGUUCAAGGGUUCAGUGAUGAACAGAAGGAGCAGCACUUCAGGACGGUUAUCAGAAAUGAUGAUCUGGCCAACAAAGCAAUCGACCAUGUGAAAAUAUCAAGGAGUCUGAACUUCCUUUGUCAGAUUCCUCCAAUCUGCACCAUCAUGGCAAAUGUGUUGAAGGAUCAUCUAAAAUCACAUGAUGGGUUCAAAAUCAAUCCCCUGAAUUUAACCCAGAUUUACACAAAUCUGGUCAAAGCAUCAAACUCAGACAUUGUCGCCAAGCUAAAAAAGCUCGCCCUGCUUCAUAUGGGAGAGGGUAAUGUAUUGUAUGAGCUUGAUCUUCUAGAGAGUGACAUAAGUGUUGAGGAAGCGUCAACUUUCUCCAAAGAGUGCCCACUUGUGUUGAGAGAAGAGAAGGGGCUGCAUAACACCACCGUGUUUCGCUUUGGUCACUCAAGCAUUCAGGAGUUCUUUGCUGCGUCUGCUAAACUGGACAAUAUUGAAAGAGGUCGUAUCUGGUCUAACCGUUGUCGUUUUCUGGUGGACAACGCGCUGCAGAGUGCUGAGGGAAAAUCGGAUGUCUUUCUUCGCUUCAUCUUUGGCCUCAUUAAGGAACGCGGCAUGUUGGAGCCCACUGAUCCGCUGUUUGAGUAUACCAAGAAGAAGAUCCUGGAGAACAUUCUGUCUUACAGCGCUGUGGGUCUGUUCCACUGUCUGAGGGAGUACGACAGCCAGGCUUUACUGACUGAAGUCAAGUUCUUUCUGAAGUUUGGCUUCUCUCCAAUCCAUGGUUUCUCACAAAUGCACUGGAACUUCAUGUUGCAAAGGACGUUCAAUUUUGAAGGGAUUAGAGAUAGUUUUGAGAUGCCAGUGUCCACGAGAUGUGAUGAAAGACUCCUCAGGCAGCUACCCGCUAUUUUAAAAUCCAGGAAAGCCAUGCUACGAUUCUCUAACCUGACAGAUAAGUGUUGUUCAGCCUUAGCAGCAGUCCUGAGCACAAAAGAGUCCUACCUGAGAGAGCUGGACCUGGGAUACAACAGCAUCAGUGACAAUGGAGUCAGGGAACUUGUGGAGGGGCUGAGCGAUCAAAACUGCAGUCUGAAAACAGUGAAGUUGCAAGCCUGUGGGAUGACCUCGCACGCCUGUAAAUACCUGGCCACGGCCCUGAGACAGUCCCCAAAACUCCAAGAGUUGGAUCUCCGCAUGAACGAAAUAGGAGAUGACGGACUGAGACAUCUUGCAAAUGGUUUGGGAUCUCCUGAAUGCCAGUUAGAAACACUCAAACUAUCACAGUGCAACAUUGAGCACAAGGGCUGCUGUUGUCUGGCCUCAGCUCUGCAGAAGAACCCCGGCAGCCUGAAAGAGUUGGAUCUGAGCAUCAACAUGGUCGGAGACAAGGGGGCCAACGAGCUCUUUAAGAAAAGUGAUAUAUCGCAGCUAACGAAGCUGGAGAUGUACCACUGUGGCCUCACUGUGUUAAGCUGCGGAAGUAUCGGGGAAGCUCUGAAGUUUGAAAACAGCACUCUGGUAGAGCUCAAUCUGAGCAGCAACAACUUGAGAGACGCAGGGUUUGCGCUCAUCUGCCAAGGCAUGUACGCAUGGUGUAGUCUGGAAAAACUCAAUGUUUCAAGAUGUGGAAUCACUGGUACGGGUUGCAAUUAUUUGGCGAAGGUGCUGUGUUCAGUCUCCCAGCUCUACAGCGGGAUGAUGCAAAAAACAGACUGGCAGGCAGUGGAGCUGAAAGACAUCGACCUCAGCAUGAACUGCUUCAGAGACAACGGAGUCAAAGAAAUCGCAGCUGGACUGACGAAUCCAUACAGCCAUCUGAAAACUCUCAACCUGAGUCACUGCAGCCUGACUGAUGCCUGUUGUGCAGAGCUCGCGUCAGGACUUUCGUCAAAGGAGAGUGUCGUUAGCGAGCUGGACCUGUCGGGCAAUGACAUUCGGGAUAAGGGAGUGAAGAAACUCUGUGUGGGACUCAGAAGCCCUCAAAGUAAACUUGAGAAGUUGUCACUGAGGAGCUGUGGUCUGAGCUCGAGGAGCAUUCAGUUCCUGACCGCCGCCCUGAAGUCAAACCCCCAAUAUCUGGCAGAGCUGCAUCUGAUGGGCAACAAUCUGGAAGACUCAGCAAUCAGAGUGCUUGUGGAACUGACAAAGAACCAGAAAUACUGCUUACAUACCAUAGAUGCGUCAGCAGAUUGAGGAGACCGAAGGAAAACAGACAUAAGGACGGAUACAUGCAGCUCAAACUGGCUCACAUUUGUGAGACCGUACGUAUACAUCAACUCCAUGGUUGGAAGGUCCUUGUAUUUCAGUGCAUAUUGUAGCAACGUCACGUGCUUUAUCUACACUGUUUAAAGAAUAUUUUCAGAAAAGAUGUUAUAUACCCAAAAUGUGUCUUAAAGCCAAAAAUCUGUUGGCAAUUCAAAGAUGUGUUUCUGGUUUAUUUUUUAUUUCUACUUUGUAUGAUUUUUAGUUUUUUAUGCAGUGCCUUUGUUCUAAACUACAUGUGUUUUCUAAGGUUGCAGUUCACAGCACUACGAAGUUCGGAUAAUCUUUGAAAAGUGAGAAGGAAAUGUAUGAUGUUGUUUGAAAUAAUAUAUCUCUUAAAAUAUGUGCCUACGGUGUUCUACAGUAUUUUUUUUGUUGUAUUAUUAUUAUGUUAGUACAGGCACAAAUACUACAUGACACUAAUACAUGAUACUAGGAUGGGGUGAAUGUUGUUCCAUUGUGCUUGGCCUCUGAGACCUUUACACACCGAGGGCAUGACGAAUAAAUGACACAAAAAUCCGAAA